CAAUCCAUUCGCUGCCAAGUCCGUUCCCGAGUGGCGAUCAAUCCAGUUGAACUGUUGGUGCCAGUCGAGAAGCAGUUUGCAAACCGUGAGAGAAGAGUAUCGUUGUAGUUUUGUGCGCGGACAGUCUUCUAGUUCUUGUUCUCAUUAGAUAGAUAGGUAUCUAUUGCAUUUUUUUGUCCUUUGGACGUCUGCCGUUCUUCCUUGUUUCGUCGUAUUUAGUGCUCGGUAUAUACUAUACGGAAACCGUCGCAAGUGUGCUGAAAAUCAAGAGACGAGUGAAAAAUGUUCCAACUGAAAACGAUCGCCAAGAGCACCGUGCUCAAGCAGGAAGUGUCUACUCUGGUGAAGGCCGCAACCGUCGGUGGCAUCCAGCAGCAGCCACACCGUAACUGCUCAUCAUCCAAACAUCAAAUUCCGGACCGGCUCAAGGAUGUGGCCACAGCGGUAAACCCGCGCUUCUUCGACAUGGUUGAGUAUUUCUUCCACCGGGCUGCUCAGAUUAGCGAGGAUAAAAUGGUCGACAGCAUCAAGGGUCGCGCCCCGAUCGAAGAAAAGCAAAAGAAAGUCAAGGGAAUUCUGAUGCUGAUGCAGCCGUGUGACCACAUCAUCGAGAUUGCUUUUCCACUUCGCAGAGAUUCCGGUGAUUACGAACUGAUCACCGGAUACCGUGCCCAGCAUUGUACCCAUCGUACCCCGACCAAGGGAGGUAUCCGUUUCUCACUCGAUGUGUCACGAGACGAGGUGAAGGCCUUGUCCGCUUUGAUGACCUUUAAGUGUGCCUGCGUUGAUGUGCCAUUCGGUGGUGCUAAGGCUGGUGUGAAGAUCGACCCGAAGCAGUAUUCUGAGCAUGAGUUGGAAAAAAUCACCCGCCGUUUCGCACUGGAACUGGCAAAGAAGGGCUUCAUUGGACCGGGCAUUGAUGUACCGGCUCCGGAUAUGGGUACGGGUGAACGUGAAAUGUCAUGGAUUGCAGAUACCUACGCUAAAACGAUUGGCCAUCUGGACAUAAAUGCUCACGCUUGUGUCACUGGCAAACCCAUCAACCAGGGCGGUAUCCAUGGACGUGUCUCGGCUACUGGACGUGGUGUGUUCCACGGAUUGGCGAACUUUAUCAGUGAGGCUAACUACAUGGCUAUGAUCGGUACUACUCCUGGUUGGGGCGGUAAGACCUUCAUCGUUCAAGGUUUCGGUAAUGUCGGUCUUCACUCGUGCCGUUACCUGUGCCGAGCUGGAGCUACUUGCAUCGGUAUAAUUGAGCACGAUGGAUCUAUCUACAAUCCAGAGGGAAUUGACCCUAAGGCUUUGGAAGAUUAUAAGAACGAAAAUGGAACCAUCGUGGGCUUCCCAGGGGCUAAGCCUUACCAAGGCGAGAACCUGAUGUACGAACAGUGUGAUAUUCUAAUCCCGGCUGCUGUCGAAAAAGUCAUCACUAGUGAAAAUGCUGGAAAAAUUAAUGCCAAGAUUAUCGCCGAGGCUGCCAACGGUCCCACGACUCCGGCCGCCGAUAAAAUCCUGAUCGAUCGUAAUAUUCUAGUUAUCCCUGAUCUGUACAUCAACGCCGGUGGUGUAACUGUGUCAUUCUUCGAGUGGCUCAAGAACCUGAACCACGUCUCGUACGGUCGUCUGACGUUUAAAUAUGAACGCGAGUCCAACUACCACCUGCUCGCCUCUAUCCAGGAAUCACUAGAAAGAUCCAUUAAUGAGAAACAAUCGGUGCAAGCAUCGCUGGAGAGACGCUUCGGCAAUGUGGGCGGUAAAAUCCCGGUCACCCCAUCGGAGGCUUUCCAGAAACGUAUCUCCGGUGCCUCGGAAAAGGAUAUUGUCCAUUCCGGUCUGGAUUACACCAUGGAGCGCUCGGCUCGUGCCAUCAUGAAGACCGCCAUGAAAUAUAAUCUCGGGCUUGAUCUGCGCUCGGCUGCGUACGUUAACUCGAUCGAGAAAAUCUUCGAGACCUACAGGGAUGCAGGACUUGCCUUUUAAUAAAGAGCGCGCGCAAGACACGAAAAGCUAAAGCAAAACAACAAGGAAAGCAACCGAAACACUGUUUAUGAUUGUGGUAUCGCAGCCCUCGCCAGGCUGUCUGGAAUCCAAAAGUAACCAACUGAAACUGCCACAAUCCGAUAUUUCAAAGUUACUUAAUACUGUUCGAUCUUAAGCUUAAAGUAUCACGUCUCAAAUUAAGCAAGUAAAUAGUGCAACCACGAAGAUAGUUACGGCUAAAAGUUAGGAAGCAAGCAACACACAUUUUAUGUGACGUGUUUAUUGAGUUAUUCUAUUAUUGUUACAGUUUGAAGAACCAAAAUCGUUUUAAGUUUGUCUUCUUUGACAAUGCAAGUUAUUAAACCCAAUUUAUGUUUCGUCGGGCGAAAUCAUCGCCAGAAUGCGUAUUUUCCUUCUUCUAGGUUAAGCUCAAUUUAUGUUGAUGUUGUCUGUUUUUUUUCGACUAACGGGGAUUACAACUGAUCGUGAUGGACUCGUACUUUUGUGCUAUUCACUUACCGUAACGUACUCAAGUAGAAGACAACUACCUUGCUGGAGUGUACCACGCAAAAAUGUUUGUACUUACGAAAUGCCACUUUUUUGGUAAUUUAUUACAGACCGGCUUGGUUUCCGAUAAGUGUAUGAAAGCGCAGUUGCACGAGCCUUUCUACUCUUUUUAUGAGCACGAAGCUACGCCUAGGAUAACGAUCAAAGGCUGAUAUUGCUGAAAAGCGAUUUCACUUAAAUACAUGUAUACUGUACUUAGCUAUAGGAAAGCAACAACAUAUUUUUCCCGAAAUGCUAACAAAAAUGGAACACCGUCUAGAUACAGUAAAAUCGGAAAUAAAAGCACUUUAAUAGUAAGGAUUAACACGAUGAA